AGAGUUAAGAUCAAUCAUGGUGCGUACUAAGAAGACGAGCAAGCGGAUGCCCUGUAGAAAGAAGUACAAGAUUGAGAGGAAAGUAAGAGAACACAACAGAAAAGUCAGGAAGGAUACUAAAGCCAAUGGAGGGAAAAAGAUGAAGAAAGAUCCAGGGAUACCCAACCUGUUCCCGUUCAAGGAACAACUGUUAAAGCAGAUGGAAGAUCGUAAGGCAAGGAUUGAAGAAACCAAGGUCAAACAGAAGGCCCAAAGACAAAAAGAAUAUGCCAAGAAACGUAGUUUACAGGGACUCACUAACGAUGCUCAGAAGAGAACCAGAGAAUUCGAGAAAAAACAACAAGCCGAGGCGACAGACGUUACCUCGACUGAGAAUAGUAUUGGGGUGGACCAGAGCCUGAGGGCCUACUACAGGGAGUUCAAAAAAGUAGUUGAGGCCUCGGAUGUUGUACUGGAGGUGUUGGAUGCUCGAGAUCCCCUGGGCUGUCGAUGUGUGCAGGUGGAACAAGCCGUGCUGGACUCGGGCUCCAACAAGAAACUCAUCCUUGUGCUCAACAAGAUAGAUUUAGUGCCGAGAGAAGUGGUGGAGAAAUGGUUGAAGCAUCUCAGGAACGAGUUUCCCACUGUUGCUUUCAAGGCCAGCACACAAUCACAGAAACAUCACUUAUCACAGAAGAAGUUUCCACUGGGUACUGGCCCCAGUUCCCUCAUGUCCUCCUCUGCAUGUCUCGGAGCCGAGGUGCUCCUCAAACUACUCGGCAACUACUGCAGAAAUGCCGACAUUAAGACGUCCAUCUCAGUGGGCGUAGUAGGUCUACCUAAUGUCGGCAAGAGCAGUAUCAUCAAUAGUCUGAAGCGCUCCAAAACUUGCAAUGUUGGGGCCACCCCUGGAGUCACAAAGAACCUUCAGGAGAUUCAGUUGGACAAGCACGUCAAGUUGAUAGACAGUCCCGGCAUUGUUGUGGCCGCCAAGUCCAUGGAUACAGCCUCCAUGUUGCUACGAAACUGUAUCAAGGUUGAGGCUAUUCCAGAUCCCUCACUGCCAGUAGAAGCCAUUCUCCGCCGGUGUAACCGACUUCAGGUUAUGGAGUUCUAUGGCAUCCCAGAGUUUGAUGGAGUCCAGGAGUUUCUCUGUCACCUGGCCAAACGACUUGGAAAGCUACUAAAAGGUGGUGUACCUGAUGUAGAUUCAGCUGCUAGAUCAGUGCUCAGAGAUUGGAACACGGGUCGGAUCAAAUUCUUCACGCACCCCCCUGAACAGAGUUCCCUGCCCAGUCACGUCUCAUCUGACAUUGUACGAAGCUGGAGUGCUGCCUUUGACAUGUCCGCACUUCAUGAGGAGGAGAAACAAGACCUCAGUGGUCUUCAAAGAGGAGUGCCUGAGAUGAUGGAGAUAAACCCGUCACAGCCACUGACAGAGGCUUUUGAGGAGGAGGAGGAGGAGGAGGAGAGUGAACUGGAGGAAGACAUGGAUUCUGAGCUGAGUGAGUACAAUGAUGAUGACUCUGAAAUGGAGGAUGACGAGGAAACUCCUAAUAAGGAGAUGACUGUUGAGUUACCCAAGAGGAAAGCUAAGCAGGGGACAAAGACUCCAUCACAACCAGGGCCCAGCCAGAAGGAUGCCACCAUGGAUGACGACUCGUACAAAUUUACUGACUUUUUUUAAUGAAACAUUUUAAAUUGUUCUUGUUGUGCAAUCAAUAAUGUAAAAUGCUCUACACAUG